AUGGCCAAGGAAGUGAUGGCUAAACCGCCGCUGAAGACAGAGGUUCUCUUAGCCAUUGAUGAAUCAGACGAUUGGGAUUCAGACAAUUGCAGUGAAUGUGAUAUACAAUACAUAAAGAGUGACACAAUUGAAGAAAGUGUGACCAAAGUAUUGGAUUCAGUCAUCGAUUCGGUGGACACAACACCCAAAUUGGAUGACACGAUGGAUACGAGUGAUGGCCAACACGUGGUCGACAGCGAGUCGAGUGUCCCGACGGACGACACAAACCAAUUGAAACCACAAUUGGGGACCCGUUUGGCACCGAAACGAUGCAAUUCUCCCGUUUAUACUUCGGACUCAUAUAUACCGCUCUCGACAUGCGUUAACACAUCCUUUUAUGGCCGCAAUUCACAGACUUAUAUUCGUCCCAUCGAUGACGAGGUAGAUGUAGACAAUCUUGAGGUUAACAUCUGUAACAAAGACUCGGAUGACGACGACAUGGACGAGGACUGUAUGAUUAUCGACGAUAUGUACGCUCGUAUGGAUCGAGAGGUGAACAAAGAAGUGGCCGAAGAAUUGCCCGAAGAGGGAGAAGACCAAGAAUCUGAUGAUGAGAUUCAGGUGAUUGAAGAAAGUAAUGUACAGAUGAAAUCAGAGAAGCAGAUCCACGAGACUGAAGAUGUGAUCGCUUUGAGUGAUGAUGAAGAGGAAGAUUGUGUGAUAAUUAAUGAUUCAUUUACUGCUAAACUCAACAAAUUGACAGAAAGUGGACAAAAAUCUCUUCCGAAACGGUCUUAUUCUCCAGAAUAUACCUCACAAUCAUAUAUACCAUUCUUAGAGCCGAGCACUUCAUCCGGCAUUAGAGGCGCUUUACGACAAACACAUAAAACCGCAAACUCUUCGCACAAUAUUGACGGCUAUUCCUCCCCUUCUUCGUCGAAUAGAAAUCUCUAUAACCCUUCGGUUGAGUCAACCUCUAUCUCCUUCAGCUCUAAUCGGUUUAACAGUACAUUUGAGCCAAAAAUCGAUGAAGAGAUACCAUUCCUAUACAACGAUCCAAAGCCUUCAACAUCUAGUGAUACAUUAGUGGACAGUUCGGACGUUAAUGACAUCGAUUUGAUCUCCGAAUGUGUGAAACUGGAGCGCAAUGUUGUGAAGAAUGUAUUGAAUCUAAUUGAAGACCAGUGCACCGUUCCCUUCAUUGUGAGGUACAGACAGUCGGCCAUCAGUGGCAUCGAUGCCGACAAAGUUCGACGAAUUAAUACCAUUUAUAAUGACGUGAAAAAAGCCAAAGAAAGAGCCAAAGAGGUUGAGGCGGCGCUCGCAAAACAGGACCGAUUGAAUCCACGGUUGAGUGCGGCUCUCAAUCGGUGUAAGAAUGUGUUCGAAGUCGAACACCUCUACCGGUUGUGUCGAAAUGAAAGUGAAUUGUCCGAAAAGUAUCGCAAUUUGGGUCUCAAUGAUAGCGCCAUUUCUGUUCUCGAAGGCAAACGUCUGGAUCCGAGCCAUUUUGUCAAACGAUUCGCUGCCGAACUGGACACUCCAGAAGCUGUAACGGAGGGCUGGUCCGCCAUUAUAUCUGAUAUUAUUAGCAAAGACUGUGAUGUUCUCGAGUUCCUAAUUGGGGCUUAUAAAAGGCAUAUCCCAUACUUACAAGUGGUGCACAAUGAGAAGAAAAUUGAGCAAUUAAUUCGCGAAAAUAAUCCCAAAAACAUUGAAUUGAUUCAAAAAUAUCGACGUUUCGAGUCGUUUAAGAAACCAAUCGACAGAAUCAAUGCUCACUCUUAUAUGGCUAUCGAAAGAGGAGAGGAAAUUGAAAUACUUUUCGUUUACAUUGAAUACGAGAACAUUAUUUUGAAUGAAUUGAUCGAGUUUUGUAUCGAGAAGUGGAACCGUUGUAUUUCCCACUUUCUGAUCAAUUCGGUUAGAAUUUCAUUCAAUAAUCAACUCAAACCCAGUCUUACGGACUAUAUUCGCUGGGAAUUGAGACACUCGUCGCACAUGAAAGCGUUGGAUGUGUUUCGCAAUAAUGUUAAACAUUUAUUGCUUGAGCCGCCUCUGAGAGGCGAGUGGGUUAUUGGAGUGGACCCGGGAAUUGAUUCCGGCUGUAAGGUUGCCGUCGUCUCACCAUGGGGCAUUCCGCUCGAGUGCCGAGUCUUAAGGCUACGAACAAAUAAUGACUCGAGGUCUGCGGCCGCACAACUCAGAGCACUUAUGUUGCAAUACAACUGUUCGAUCAUAGCGUUGGGCAAUGGGUUGGGCUGUCGGCGCUUCGAGGAUCUGAUCCUCAAUAAUAUAAAGUCAGGCUUUUUUGAACAAAUCGAUGUCAAGUAUAAGAUUAUAAACGAGUCGGGAGUCAGCUAUUACUCGAUUACCACUGAAGCGAAAGCCAAUUUCCCGCACUUCAAGGCCAAUAUGAUUGGCGCCAUUUCUAUUGCUCGAAGACUUAUCGAUCCGUUGAAUGAAUUGGUGAAAGUGGACCCAAAGCGCCUACAGGUGGGCAUGUAUAUGCGAGACAUCGACGGACAUGAGAUUCAAAGAGCUUUCGAUGAAGUAGUGGUCGAAUGCGUCAGCUUUUGCGGCGUUGAUGUAAACAUUGCGUCAAUUGAAUUGUUAAGCAAAGUGGCCGCUUUGGAGCCCACAAUCGCCCGAAUGAUCAUUGAGAAGAGGGAACGCGACGGACUCAUCACCAGUAGGUCUCAAUUAAGGAAUAUCGAUGGUAUCAAUUGGAAACUCUUUGAACAAUGCGCCGGAUUUAUUAAAGUGAUGCCUUCCACCAGACGAUCACUACUGGACCAAUUCAGACACGGGAAAGAGAGUCCAAAAAAACGUGUGGCCACUUCUAGCGACGAUUACGACCCGUUGGACUCGACUAUUAUACACCCGGAGUCGUACAGCAGUGCAAACGUUUACAUUGAAUUGAUCGGCGCCUCAAAGGACGAGAUCGGAAAGCAGUCGAUUCGCGACAAAAUCAAGAAGUGUUACACACUGUAUAGUCUGCCAGAGAUCGCGGAGUUGUCGGCCAUACCCAAUGUCAUCUGA